CAGUACAUCGGUGACGCUCAAUCAAAUAAUUUGCUAGACUGUUGCUGCAUACCUCCAAAAUGUCGGGUAUAGACAAAGUGCUAGCAUUGAUCGUGCAAAACAAAAUUGCAGCCAUCCGCUUCGAGCUAGUUGACAUCCAUGGCAUCGGGCACAGCAGGCUUAUCACAUCGAGGCAUUUUAAGGACAAAGCUGUUCAUGGUUCAAGUUUCAAUCUACUAGCCCUGGUCCUAGACCCCAAGGGGAUCAAGUUCUCCGAUAGCGGUAUGUGCAUCGAUGAUGUUGAUGCUGUCACGUACCCCGUCUAUGAGACAUUCCAGAAUCUGGUUUGGUGUCAGAGUACAGCCAGGAUCCUUGUGGAACCCACCAUCAAAGGAGAAUACAUUCCACAGUAUCCAAGAAACAACGCACGGAGGCUACUCGAUCGACUAGGAGAGCAAGGGGUCUCACUCUUCUCUUCCUUUGUGCAUGAGUUCUAUCUGGUGGAUGAAAAAACCGGUGAGCCAGCAGAGAAGAGCUGCAACUAUGCAGCCACCAGUAGACUUUGUAAGCUUGAGGCGUUCAUCAAUCUUCUGUUGGCAUGUCUGCCAAGAGUUGGGGUGGAUGUGGAGAGCAUAGAGACAUUGGAUGCUCCUGGCCAACUCAGAGUCACCUACAAGUCGGCCUUUGGUGUCGGUUCGGCAGACAACGCCUACACUUUCAAGUCAACAGUGAAGGAAUUGGCCACCAGGAAUGGCUUUGUGGCAACCUUCAUGACAAAGCCCUGGCCAGAACACAGAGGCAGUACCACCUACUUGUGCCACUCUCUUUGGAGUCUGCAAGAACAUAAAUGCAUCGUCUUUGACUCAACGGCAGAAAAUAGUCUAUCAAGCACGUGCCAGAAGUGGAUCGCUGGAAUCCUAUCCCAUGCCCAGGCUAUCACGGCUCUCAUGGCACCAACGGUCAACUGCUACAGUCGCUUUGAGACGUCACCAACAUCGCACGCCCCGAGCAAUUGUUCCUGGGGGAUCGGCAACCGCACGUGUGCUAUUCGUGUGAAAGUCGAUGGUUCCAAGCGAACCAUUAUCGAGAAUCGCAUACCUUCGAGUGGGAGCAACCCUUACGUGGUACUGGCAGCAACGGUUGCCGCCGGUCUUGAUGGGCUGCUUACUGACAUGCCUCUCAAAGCGGCUACAGAAGGAAGUGCCUACGAUCAAGGGUAUGACUUGCCAGAGCUUCCCCUCUCUCUGGAGCAAGCUAUGGAGGUCUUAGAGACAGACGAAGUGAUCCUGGAUGCACUGGGUAAAGACUUUAUCAAAUACUUCCUUGCUGCAAAGAGACACGAAUGCAGUGAGGCACUUAGGGCAAGGAAAGUUGCCGUUGUAGAUGGUGAAUCGUGGGAACACAAUAUGUAUUUCGACACGAUCUAAAGAAUUCAUGCACAUGAACAUCAUGUUAGUACCAAAAUUCAUUUUAUAUACCCAAGAUCGUGUUGUGCCAAUUUAUUAAAAUUGAAUAUUGAUGAAGUAUUCAUACAUGAUAGAUAUACAUGUAGUUUUACACUAGCUCUAUAGACACUAUUUAGUCCAUAAAUGGCAAUUUCUUAUACUAUGAACUACAUUUUCAUUGCGGUUAUUGAUUUAUUAUGUUUAAGUUUGUCUUAAAUUGCCUUUUUUCUGCACUAUUGUAUCAUUUUGUACAUGUACCCUGUAGGUAGAUUGACCAGCAAAAUUUUACUUUUUAUAUGGUUCAGUCAUUUGUGGAAACGGGAAAUGUCUCUUGUAAUGUUUAUAAAUUAGAAUUCAUAAAUGUUCUCUGUAUUAUCCCUUGUAGUCAAAGCGUUAAAGGAAAUACAUGUACACAGUUUGAUGAAGGUUAUUGAUUUAGUUAUACAUGUCACCUAUUUUUAUCAGAAAACUAGACAUUUAGGGAAUCUAUUUUUAACCUGUAUCUUUUACAAAUACUGUACACUACAUUCAAAACUUUGUAGAAAUGCUAAAGUCAUCUUCUAACGUCUCACUAACCUUUUGAAAUGCCUAGCCAUGCUUUAUAUAUUUUUUUAAUUAAAUUAAAGAUAGAUUUUGAUAAUGUGCUAUUCAAGAGUAGAGUAUGAACUAGGGUAUACACAUUGUGAUUAUUACUAAUUAUAUAUUUUUCAUGUGUAUUGAAUUUCAAUUGAACAUGGUGCUGAGAAACAGUGCAAUGUUCAUAAAUCUAAGCUUACUGUUAUUUGUUUUGUAAGAAAAUUAUUCUAGAAAUUCUAUGACAGAGAAAAUUAUCAGCUUUAUUUAUUAAGAAAAAUACAUUUUGUGCUUUAAUCUUGUUGUGAUCUGCUAUUAUAUGUAUUAUACUAACAAAGAAGACACCAAAUUGUAUGUGUACAUUAUAGUACAUUACUUCCCCAGCUGCAAGUAUCUAACAUCAGAAUGUAAUGCCAAAAGUUAAACAAUAUAUGUGUAAUAUAUUAAACUACCAGUUGCCUGUUCUGAUUUCUCUUUGUACAUUCAGGUUUUACCAUCAUAUUUACUUUUUUAUGAUAUUAAUAAUUCAAUUUCAUGUGUGAAUCAAGACGAACUGAAAUUGUACCAUUUUUGUAAGAUUAAUAAUAAUAAUAAUAAUAAUAGAUCUCAUUUAUAACGUGCCUAAUACAUUGUUUCUAGGCGCAGUGGUGCUGUUGUCCCAGCAUCCAUUAAGAUCUGUAAAAGCUGGAAACUAAGGGAGCUAAAAUUGUAGUGCAUUGUUCUAAUAUUACAGAUUGCCAUAGAAUUCAAAAGCAUUUAUGAGGCCAUUUAAAGAUUGUUGCUGCUUCUGUAUUUAAUAGUAAUCAUGAAAUUAGGUUCUAACCGAAUUUGCCGCAAGUGUUCGUUUGUUGAAUGAAGCUAUUCUUCUCUCUCUAGCACAUUAGCUCAAUGGAUUUAAGUACUAAGUGUUAGCACACAAGUAUGCACGCACACUUUUAUAUUAUGAAACCAAAACCAUAAAAGGAAAUCCAUUAUACACAGUGGAUAAUUAUUCACUGAGUGACAGUGACAGAUUUAAUGUACUUUGAGAAUCGUGAAGCACUUCCUCACUGUGUACCACUCACAAUUAUAUAUUACUAACUCUAUUAUCAA